AUGCCUUUCUUGUCUUUUCUUGAUUUGAGUGACAAUUAUCUCAUUGGCUCAUUUGAAAUCACUAAUAUUUCUUCGUCUAAACUCGAGAUUUUACUACUUGGGAAUAACCAUUUUGAAGCAGAGAUCAUAGAUCCUAUUUUAAAGUUGGUUAAUCUCCAAUAUCUCAGCCUCUCUUCCUUAAACAUAAGCCAUCCGGUUGACUUAACACUCUUCUCUUCUCUCCGAUCUUUGUCAUACCUUCAUCUUUCCAGAACCAGUUUAACACCAUGGAGUGUGAAGUCAGGCAUCAGAGUUCCAAAGGACAUGGAGAUCUUGAUCUUGUCCGGAUGCAACAUCAGUGAAUUCCCCAGAUUCUUGAAGUCCUUAAAGAAGUUAUCGUUUUUAGAUCUUUCAAACAACAGAAUCAAAGGAGAAAUUCCUGAUUGGUUAUGGAGUCUUCCUCUUUUAGCCUCUCUGGAUCUUCACAACAAUUCAUUCACUGGAUUCAAAGGUUUGCUGGAUCAUGUUUUAGCCAAUUCAUCCGUACAAAUAUUAGAUAUUGCUUCAAACUCUUUCAAAUGUUCAUUCCCUAAUCCACCAGUAUCCAUCAUCAACUUGGCUGCUUGGAACAAUAGUUUCACAGGAGAGAUACCUCUCUCUGUCUGUAACCGAACCGCUCUCGCUCUUCUUGAUCUAUCCUACAACAACUUCACUGGCUCAAUCCCUCCAUGUAUGGGUAAUUUUACCAUAGUGAAUCUCCGGAAAAACAAGUUGGAAGGAAACAUUCCAGACGAGUUCUAUAGUGGUGCUUUGACACAGACAUUUGACGUUGGAUACAAUAGGCUAACCGGAAAGCUUCCAAGAUCGCUCUUAAACUGCUCUCUCAUAAGAUUUUUAAGUGUGAAUCAUAACAGAAUCAAUGACUUGUUUCCCUUCUCGCUCAAGGCAUUGCCAAAUUUGAAAGUUCUUAUUCUCCAUUCAAACAGAUUUUGUGGUCCUAUAUCUCCACCUGAUGUGCAAGGUCCUCUUGCAUUUCCCAAGCUCCAGAUACUCGAAAUAUCGCAUAACAGAUUUACCGGAACCUUACCAAUAAAUUACUUUGCAAACUGGAGUGCAACAAUCCGCAAAGAUGAAAGAUGA